GAACGUAUCGAAAAUGCGAAAACGAAACGCUAUUGAUAUUUUUCUUAAAAAAUGGCAGCCUUUAUGUCGUAAGCUUUUCUUUUCUAGUAAUGAAAUGAAAAGUUUUUAUUAACAAUCUACAGACAGUUUAUGAUGCAAACAGAAGCAAUUCAGACGAACAAUCGGUUUUACAAGGAGGACAUAUAGAUAUUACUAAUCGGAGUAACAAUGAGCAGUAUAUAUGUAGCGUAGACAUUACGGCAUUUAUGCAAAUGUUGAUCGGUUCCGCCGAAGAAAAGGCGAGUGGUUCCGUACGAGCUGUAGAAGAAAAAGUGGAGAUGAGCGACAGCGCUGGGGCCGGAGCGGGCAGCGAGCCGCACGGGGGCUCCGCGGUGAUGGAGCGCGAGCUGGAGAACACGCGGCGGCUGCUGUGGGGCGAGCAGGUCAAGGAGGAGGUGUUCCGGCGCUGGGCGCAGGGCUUCACGUUCAGCGCCGACGAGCCCAGCGCGCUGACGCAGCAGGAGGGCGGGCCCUGCGCCGCCAUCGCGCCCGUGCAGGGCUUCCUCCUCAAGAUCCUCCUGUCCGAGACGCCCGGCCACAGCCUGCGCGACCUCACCUCCGAGAAGUGCAACUCCCUUCUCGUCCGGGCCGUGUGUACAAUACUAAGCCAGUGUCUAGCGCCUAACUAUAAUGUGGCUGUGUACCAACGGAAAAACGAAACAGACGCUGAAUCCAGCUCUGCCAGUGCGACCGAAGAGACAGAUACCUUGGACCAGUUUCAUCGGAGGAUCGAAAUUCACCCCUUCCAAGGGUUGUCAGAGGUAGAGGCGUUCUACACUAGAAACAUUCGUGUUUUGAAGGACAAGUACGGAGUGCUACUUCUGUUGUAUAGUGUGAUUCUCAGCAAGGGAGUAGGUGUUGUUGAGGCGGAGCUGUCAGAGUUGUCAGAUCCACUCAUACACUCCACAUACGGAUAUGGGUCACAGGGACUGAUAAAUUUGAUGCUGACAGGCCGAGCCGUGGCUCACGUGUGGGACCAUGACCAGGUGGUUGGGGGCCUACGGCUGCGCGGCAUUGAGCGGCAAAACGAUAUUGGUUUUCUUACUAUAAUGGAGCACAUGCAGUAUUGCACUGUGGGGUCAUUCUACAAGAAUCCAAAGCAUCCUGUGUGGGUGCUAGCGUCCGAAACGCACUUGACGGUGCUUUUCUCGUUUGAGCGGCGGUUGGCGGCGCCAGAGACAGCAGGAGAGUCCGCCGAGCGGAUCUUCCGCUCCUUCGAUCCUGAGGGUAAUAAUUUCAUCCCGUCGGCAGCACUGCAGGACGUGCUCUGUGCCGCCGAGCUUGUGUCAGAGCCGGAGUACGUGGAGCUGAUGCGGCGCAAGCUGGAUGCUGAGAACCUGGGGAUCAUCCUGCUGAGUGCGUUCAUGGAGGAGUUUUUCCCGUCGUGCGAACGUGGCUGCCCCGACACGUUCACGCUGCACCACUAUAAUGGGCUAGCGCGGAGCAACCCGGGCGGGCGCGUAGUGUACCGCGCCGGGCGCGCGGCGCUGCUUGAGUGCCACAUGCGGGCCGCCUCGGCCGACCCCAUGCUCACCUGCCUGCAGACUAAGUGGCCCAGCAUCGACCUGGUCUGGGACGAGGGCAGCUCACCGUCCCUCAACUGAGCAGCUACAUUCUAAAGGACUGUGUCGUGAGUGAACUGUGCAGACCAUAAUUUAUUUGUAAAAUGUAAUUUUACAAGCCUCCCUU